GCAUUAACCGCUGACUUUUGUAAACUACCUAACGUUAGCUAACUAGCCGGCUAACCUAACUAGCAGUCAUGUCCAGCUAGCAUAACAGUUGCUUGUUAACCAGUUACAUAUCCGAUAUAAUUAGCUAGCUAGCUUACGUCAAAACUGGCCAGUACAGUAGGCUCUCUCUAGCUAGUCGAAAUCAAACCCUAUCAGCUGUUGCUGUUAUUCAGGAUGCCAGAUCUACCAGCUAGCUAGCAUGACAGCUACGGCAUUAGACACCACGCUAAUGCAACUGGAUUCCACCUGUGUGGAAGUAACCCAACUACAUUUGCCAGUGAGUGACGGAGAGAGAUCUACUUGCAUCUGUAGUGAUCUGUGUCUGUAGGCAGGGCAGCCAUGUCUAGGAAGCAGACAGGAAAGCCACUGCGUGGCAGCAACAGAAAGUGUGAUGCGGAGCGAAAGCGGGAUGAGCGGGUCACGCGCAGGGCAAUCGCCAAGGACCGCAAGAACCGGCCCCAGGACGGGGACGAGGGAGAGGAGUUUGUCAGCUUCUCCAACCAGCUCCAAGCGCUGGGGCUCAAACUGAGAGAGGUGCCUGGAGAUGGUAACUGCCUGUUCCGGGCUCUGGGUGACCAAUUGGAGGGACACUCUCGAGGACACCUGCGCCUGCGCCAGGAGACUGUGCAGUACAUGAUGUCACACCGGCAGGACUUUGAGCCCUUUGUGGAGGAUGAUGUGCCCUUCGCACAGCAUUUGUCAAACCUCUCCCAGCCUGGUACGUUUGCUGGCAAUGAUGCCAUCGUGGCGUUCGCCCGUAGUCAACAGCUCAAGGUGGUCAUUCAUCAGCUCAACACCCCACUGUGGGAGAUAAAUGGCUCUGAGAAGCUGGUUGGCCGAGAGCUACACAUUGCCUAUCGCUAUGGAGACCAUUACGACAGUGUACGACCAAUCGGUGACAACUCUGAGAGCCCUGCUCAGCUGCGUUUAGAGAAUCUUCAUAAUUCGAGUGGGCAGCGUGAGUUUGGUGACGGCCAGAGGGACAGACGGAAAGCCCCCUCGCCUACCCCCUCCGAGGAGGACAAUGUGAUCCUAAGUUCCCUAAAGAACAGGGGCCCAAACUGUGAAGAGGAGAAUCUAUUUCAGCUGAGUGCCGCCACCAUCAACGCUGAGUGGCUGGUGGAUUCUGAGCUAGCUGUCCAAGUGUGUCAUGGCCAGUGUGCCUCAGGAUCAUGCUCAGCGUGUAGACAGGCAGCGACAGAGUGCAGUGAGCACAAACCACCACCAGAUGGAGGCAACAUACACAAAUCCAAGGCUUCAAACAAGCAGAGGAAAGAGCAGCAGCGCUUGGAAAAGAAAAAGCGACAGGAGGAAAGACAUCGACAGAAGGUUCUUCAAAGCAAAGGAACACCUGACCAAAACCAGAACCUCUCGGAGCCGGUCACUCUAGUGCCAGCUCUAAAUACACUUAGUAUAUAGACAGACAGAGCAUGGCCAAAUAAAGCUAUACCGGGCGGCUGAUUUACAAUGUUUUGCACGCAGAAUCAAUUUCAAUCUCAAUCACGUUGGAUGACUUGCAUAAACUGUUUAGUUUCUUUGCAAAUGUAUGGUGCCUGCGAUAGGUUGUGUGUGAAUGUGUUCGGGGUUGUGGUUGAUUGAGGGUGUUUGUUAGUGACCCAAGAUGGUGUACAUAGUUUCCUCUUUUAGAGACACACUGUCUAGACUCUUUAUAUGCUGGUGAAUGAGGGCUGCUUUUCACUAUGACCAUGCAGUACAUCUUGGGCUCCUCUUUGCGUUUGUUUUGAGUUGAAUUUCUGUGAUUCCAGCCGAAGAAGAAAGGAAUGGGAAGAGACGUCUUUGUAAACAGAAUGAAAUGUUUUGUGAACGAUACUGAAAUGAUUUAGUUGAUACAGUAUGUAAAGAAUUGAUAUUUUAUCUGGUUAAUGGCAGUUACAGUAUUAUUAAUCAAGCUUAAAGAAAUAAUUCAGUUGGGAGAUUUGCUGAUGAAUGAUUGUAAUGCACUCUGUCUGGUAUGAUAUGUAAUGAGGCAAUAAAUGAAAAAAUGUACAGUA